CUGCAUUGCUCUCUCAUUUAUGACUCUCUUUCUCUCUCUUCUUUCUCUCACUUCUUCUGUGGCAGCAAAUUCAUACUUCUCUCUAAUUCUUGUGAAUUCUUUUCCAGCAAACAAGUAAGUAGUACACAAGGUAGGUGCAAAAAUUUACAUCUUUCUGGGUAAAUAAAUGGUGUAUUGAUCAUCAUGAACUCCAUUAAAGCUCUGUUUUUUACACUUUUUGAUCCAAAAAGGUGAAAACUUUCAUCAACCCACUUUGCAAAUCCAAUCUUUCACACUUGCACUGUUAAAAUUUAACCAUUUCAGUGUUAAAAAGCGCAAAAAAUGAAGUUCUGAAACUGGGGUUUUGUGAAAUUUGCACCAUUUUGAGCUUCUGUUCUUCGAGGAAUGGGCAAAAAAGGCAGCAUCUAUACUGGGGUUUUCUACUCUUGAGGUAAAAUUUUAUCAUGCUGUCAAAAUUUGGAAUUUGGUUUGUUGCUUAAGACACAAGAUUGUUGCUGGGGCUGGGGUUUUUGGCUUUGGAAUGCCGGAUUUUGUGACUUAGCUUGUUGUAUAAUGGGACCCACCAGGUGUUUGAUAAGAUGUUUGUGUUCUUCGGUAUUGAAAUAUGCAGCAAAAUUUCUGGUAUUUGCUGUAGUUUAUUCAGAUAUUUGGUUAUUAGUUUCUGGUUUAGGUUCAAUGUCUUCAAUUGCUGUUUCAUAUGGUGAAAGUGGUCCUGUUUUUUGUGGGUUGAAAUCAGAUGGGUCUCAUGUUGCAGCCUGUUAUGGUGCAAAUGCAGCUAUACUAUAUGGGACUCCGACACAUCUCAGUUUUCUAGGUUUAGUUGGGGGUGAUGGGUUUGUGUGUGGACUACUUAUGGACUCAUAUCAACCUUACUGUUGGGGGAAUAGUGGGUUUGUUCAAAUGGGUGUUCCUCAACCCAUGAACAUGGGCGCUCGAUAUGUUGAAAUUAGUGCUGGUGAUAAUCAUUUAUGUGGUUUGAGGACACCCUUGACAGGAGAUCUUAGGAACACUUCUUUGGUUGAUUGUUGGGGUUAUAACAUGACUUCAAAUUAUGUUUUUGAUGGGCAAAUUAAGUCCAUUUCCUCUGGUGCUGAAUUUAAUUGUGGGUUAUUUGCUGAAAAUCGAACUGUAUUUUGCUGGGGUGAUGAGACUAGUAGCCGAGUAUUUAGCCUGCUUCCUAAGAAUUUGAAGUUUCAAAUGAUUGCAGCUGGUGGAUAUCAUGUUUGUGGCAUUUUAGAAGGGGUGGAUUCUAGGGCCUUUUGUUGGGGGAGUAACUUAAACAUUGUAGAGGAGAUCUCAGCUGAUUCAGGAACAAGCAGUGUGGAUAAACCUCCAAAAGAUUCAAUGCUUUCUGUUGCUGGUGGAAGGUUCCAUGCUUGUGGGAUUAGGGGUUUGGAUCGCGGUGUGCUUUGUUGGGGUUUUAUCAUGCAUAAAGGUAGUCCAGCUCCAAAAGAUGCCAAAGUUUACACCAUUGUUGCUGGUGACUAUUUUGAUUGUGGAAUACUCAUUGAAAAAUCUCUUUCACCCAUGUGUUGGGGAUAUGGGUUUCCCGCCUCUCUUCCAGUCGCAGUCUCUCCUGGACCAUGCAAGCCUGCACCCUGCACUUCUGGUUACUAUGAGUUCAAAUCAGGCCAAGCAACCUGCAAAAACUCAAAUUAUCAUAUAUGUUUGCCUUGUUUGAAUACUUGUCCCAAUGAAAUGUAUCUUAAAGGCGGAUGUACUCAACAAUCUGACAUACAGUCAUGUGCAUAUAACUGUUCAAGUUGUGUGUCAUCUGAUUGUUUCUCUAAUUGUUCCUCCAAUGCUAGUUCAGGUAGUUUUCGUGGAAAGAAAAAUGUGAAAUUUUGGGCAAUUCAGCUUCCUGUCAUAGUGGCAGAGGUUGUUUUUGCUGUCUUCUUGGCUAUACUAGUGUCUUUAUUGGCAAUCUUAUAUGUUCGAUACAAGCUUCGAAACUGUCAAUGCUCAGAAAGCAGGAUUUGGAUAUCAAAGAAAAAUGGAGGAAACAAUGGAUCUUCAAGAGAUAACCAGAAGAUAAGGCCUGAGAUGGAGGAGCUAAAGAUCAGAAGAGCUAAAGUUUUCUCCUACGAAGACCUUGAGAAAGCCACCAGUGGAUUCAAAGAGGAGUCAAUAGUUGGUAGGGGAAGUUUCUCAUGUGUCUUCAAAGGAGUCUUGAAAGAUGGAACAACAGUAGCUGUCAAGAGAGCUAUAAUGACUUCUGAUCAAAAGAAGAACUCAAAGGAGUUUCACACAGAACUUGAUUUGCUAUCAAGAUUGAACCAUGCUCAUCUCCUCAAUCUACUAGGAUACUGUGAAGAAGGAGGAGAAAGACUUCUGGUUUAUGAAUACAUGGCUCAUGGGUCUUUACACCAACACAUCCAUGCGAAAGACAAGUCAUUAAAGGAGCAAUUAGAUUGGGUUCGGAGAGUCACCAUCGCUGUCCAAGCAUCACGAGGAAUUGAAUACUUGCAUGGGUAUGCUUGUCCUCCUGUGAUACACCGUGAUAUAAAGUCAUCGAACAUUCUCAUCGAUGAAGAGCACAAUGCACGAGUGGCUGAUUUUGGACUCUCUCUCCUCGGCCCUGCAGACAGCAGUUCCCCUUUAGCUGAGCUCCCAGCAGGAACUCUCGGGUAUCUUGACCCUGAAUACUACAGACUUCACUACCUAACUACUAAAUCUGAUGUGUACAGCUUUGGUGUUUUGCUCUUGGAAAUACUUAGUGGUAGAAAGGCUAUAGAUAUGCAGUUUGAAGAAGGGAAUAUAGUUGAAUGGGCAGUUCCUCUGAUAAAAGCAGGAGACAUGCCAUCACUUUUGGAUCCUAUCCUGAAACCUCCCUUGGAAAUGGAAGCUCUCAGAAGAAUUGCGAAUGUGGCUUGUAAAUGUGUAAGAAUGAGAGGGAAAGAUAGACCGUCAAUGGAUAAAGUCACGACAGCUUUAGAACGAGCUCUUGCUCUUCUUAUGGGUACCCCGUGUAGCGAGCAGCCUAUACUACCAACAGAGGUAGUUUUAGGAAGCAGCAGAAUGCAUAAGAAAUCAUCCCAAAGAUCUUCAAACCCUUCAGAUACCGAUGUAGGGUCAGCUGAGGAUCCACGGUUUGAGUUUAGAGCUCCGUCAUGGAUUACAUUUCCAAGUGUCACUUCUUCUCAGAGAAGAAAAUCUUCUGUUUCUGAAGCUGAUGUUGAAAAUGCAAAGAAUGCCGAGUCCAAAACUGUUGGCAGUGGAAGAAAUGGUGCAGAGGGAUUAAAUAGUUUGGAAGAAGAGAUUGGUCCUGCUUCUCCACAGGAAAGUUUGUUCCUCAAGCAUAAUUUCUAGGAUUGAUGACCAGAUUUAGGGGAGAGUUCGGUUAAUUGUUCUUGCAUAACUAUGAUGAUUUUAUCCAAUUUUUUUAAAGAUGUAAAGAAGAAAGGGGGAGCCUUGUGUAAUUUUUUUUAGAAAAAAUGUUACUCCUAUUAGAUUUCAUAAAUGCUUGCCCUACUCGCAGAUUCAACUGUAGUUGAGCAUUUGAACCUAUUAGCUGUAUUCAUAACCUGUAUUGUUCAGUUCCUUACUAAUAGGAAGCAUAGUUUUGUUACUCUAA